AUGAUAAUUAUCAGUGUCUAUGUCGAGUUGGAGACUGCAAAAGAAAGGAUGAAGAGUUUGGCCUCUCGUUUCUCAAGAGUGUUGAAAUCAAAAGUAAAAACUGCUGGGUCGAGCGAAAACAAUCAUGGAAGGGUUGUUUCUGAGUUGAGGUUCAUCAGUGGGGUGAUAAUGGGCAAUUGUUUUAGAAAGAAAUCUCAUAACCCCAACCAACCUCAGCCUCAACCUGCUCGCCCUCCUACUGGAGAUGAUGCAGUUAAAAGUUCACGUUCCCGGAAGAUGUCUACUUCACUAAUUCAAACUUCAUCUGGUCCUUCGCAAUCUUCUAAAUCAAAGUAUUGUAAAGAUGAACAACGCAGUGCAACACGCCAGGAGAGAAACAAGGAUGUUUCUUCACAUUCACGUAAAGAAAAUCGAAAGAAGAGCAAAGGACAUGGUUCCCCAACGACUCCAAGAGAUUGGCCAGUUUCAAGGGUGAAAAAACUUGUAUGGGUUCCUGGCCGGAACAUCAAAAGCUUUUAUUACAGCGUCUUGAGGGCUGCCACCCAUAAAUUCAGUGACGAAAACAUAAUCGGUGAAGGCGGUUUUGGAAAAGUGUAUAUAGGAUAUAUAAAUCCACACAGUAUGAGUGCGGCAAAGCCUGACACUGGCAAGGCGGUCGCUAUCAAGGUGCUCGGAAGAAGAGGGGUACAGAGCGACAAAGAAUGGCAGGUUUGGUUCUGA